AUGGAUUCAGACGAGAUUCACAUCACACUCAACCCUUUGGACUACAUCCCGCCUCGCAACUAUGUCCGCCUUCUCUUUCCCUUCGUGCUAAAACCCGGAGCCGAAGAUAAAGUCGUGUUCAACGACCUCCGCGAAGCGCUGCACAAGACCUUCGUACAGGAACCCUGGAUCAGCGGCAAGGUCUUCCGCCAGGCGCCCGACACGCCGGGAUGGCGCCCAGGCCAGCUCGAGAUCCGCUACCGUCCGUACUCGCCGGACGGAGCGCGACCAUACCAGCUUCGAUACCAGCGGCUUGACACCGACUGGACGUACGCCGAUUUCAGGGACUGCGGCUUUCCCAGUGGUGUUUUCCCUGAGGAACUCCUCCUCGAUGCGCCCCGACUGGGUGACGUGGACGUGGCCGGCGCCGACAUCUUUGUGGGCCAGGCUAACUUUCUUCUCGGUGGCCUGCUGCUAGGCAUGACCACUGUCCAUGCGGCCACUGACGCAGCGGGAAUGCUCAACAUCAUGAAGCUGUGGGCUAAAAACUUCUGUGAGUUGCAUGACCGAGACACCAGUUCGCGGGUCGCACCGUCGCCAUUCACGCCCCCUGACCGAGACCGCACCCUUCCAGACAGGAUCUGGGAACGAGAAAGCAGCGGAGGCAGGUCCAGCCGCAACCCCGACGACCCGUGGCUACAGGGUCUGGCCGGCCUAGACUCGGACUAUCCAGGCGAGGACGUCACCGGUGCUACGCAAAGAGCAGCAGCAGCAGCAACAGCAAGUCACAGUCACACCGCCAAUGGCAACUCUUUUCCUUCAGACCACCCCCGCGUUAUGCUUAACCGGGUCAUGUUCCUAUCGAGCGCGGACCUCGCUGCCCUACAGAAGGAAUGUGCAGCUGAGCCAUUACCGCCCGGGAUGUCGCCCCUCUCGAUUAGCGACGGUAUCAACGCGCUGUUUUGGCGGUGCGUGAUGAGGGCGCGCGCCGCCGCGGCUACAGCCCGAUCGUAUACACUGGACGAGAUGUCACUGUUUGAGUCGCCUGUCGAUGUACGCAACGUCUUCGCACCUGAUUUCCCGCCUAAUUACCUGGGCAACUGCUUCUUGCUUAACACGGUGCGAAUGCCGCUGGCCGAGCUCAUAGCGCCCUCUACUUCGCUCGGCCGCGUGGCGCAGGCCCUCCGUCAAGGCGCAGCCAGCCUUGACAGCCAAGCUGUGCGUGACGCGUACGCACUGUUACGCUCGACAGCCGAUCUGUCGCGUGUGCAGGGCCGUUUCGUAGAGCGACCUGAUUCCGCCGAUCUGCUGCUCUCUAACAUCAUCGCGUUGCCCAUGCACGAGAUCAACCUUGGCGAUCGGUAUUUUGGAAACGGCGGCAUUCCACAUGCGCUCCGUGUACUGCACGGGCCGUACGCGCCUUCCGUGCGACUUGGCCACGUCCUCCCCCGGAACCCGAAACAUGGCGGUGUUGAGCUAAGCUUGAACUUGUUCGACGACGAGAUGCCUUAUCUGGACGCUGAUGAGGAGUUUAGCAGGUAUCUGAUGACGAUUGAAGCCUGA